AUGGAGGAUAACACGAAUAAUAAUGGUCAAAUAAUUCAAGAUGUUGAAAGGGAGUUGCAAUGUCAAAACACCAAAGUGAAAACUCCAUUGCAAAGUCUUUAUACCAAUGAACAGAGAUUUAAUCUGAUUAAACCGAUGUUUAAUACUGUUGUGAGUCAAAUGAAUAUCAUAAACAGUUGUUUUACCGUCCAUGCUCGUAUCGCCUUUACGGAAAAAGAAAUGGAUAAAUUACCUGAAAGCGUUACGGGAAUUCCUCAGCAACUCACUAAUAUUCUAGUUGAGAGUGUAAACAUUCGAAAUAAUUUGAUAGAUAUUAUUGGUGCUAUGGAAAGACUUUCCGAUGGGAUCACGAGAUUCGUAAAGAUCGCCAAUAAUCCGAAACUUAUGAAUAAGCCGAUUACCAAGUAUCUCCAUUUUAUAGAAAGACCUAUGGAAUGUUUGAAAGUCCUCAUUAAGAAAAAAUGUGAACUUGACCCUGAGAAAGUUGAAAAUCUCGAAAAAAAUCUUACCCAAUUUAUGGAAAAUUCGGGCUCCAAAGCUGUCCCAGGUUGGAUGGAAGAUCAAUCUCGGAGUGAGAGAGAUCUGGAAACUCUUGAAAAGAAAAGGCACGAAAUUGUCAUAGAGGAUAUUGCAGAAUGCAAUGAAGUUUCCAGAAUUAUUAGCGAAAUAGAAUUUUAUCAAACGAAAUUAAAUGGUCAUGAGCACCUAAAGAAAGAUCUUCAAAAUGAAAAAAAGAUUCUCCAAGAUAACCGUGAUUAUCUUGAAAACCAUGUUCUUUCAUUUGUAACUAGCAGCAGAAUUGUGAAAGCUUAUCGCUUCAUGUGGAACAGUGAUCUUGAAGUAUUGCGGAAGCAAAAAAUGCUCGUUAAAGAAGAAAUAUCCGAAAUUACGAGUCAAGAAAAUCUAAAGAUUUUAGAUGAAGCAGAAUGCAAGGAAGCGCUCAGAUCUCGAUUGGAAAUGUUGGAGAUAGCCAAAAAUAAAGUCGAACUGAUAAAAGCUAAUAGGGAAAGUAAACUCAAAAAAAUUGACGAAGAUAUCGAAAAAAAGAAAGAAGAUAUAAAAAAAUUUGAGAAUAAAAUUGACGGAAUAUUGAAAAAAUAUGGCAAUCCGUCAAUUGGCGCGACUUAUUUAAUGUUAGAUUCUAUAGCCAAGUUGGGCAGACAGCGGGUGGACAGUAAUGGAAUAUUUAAUAUUUGUUAUAACUCUGUGAAUAAUUUCCUUGGAAAAAUUGAAGGUGUAAUUGAUGAUAUUUUACUAGUAGAAGGCGCUCGUGAUGAGUUGGAUGAUGAUUGGCUAAGCACGCUUGAAACAAGUAUAUUGCCUCUAAAAUUUUUCGUCUCGGAGUUGCAACCAAUCAUUAGUGACAGCAUUCAAGGAAUCAGCCCCAAAAAGUUGAUCAGUUAUUCGACAGAAGAAUUACAUUAA